AUGGGUCCUUCACUGCAACCUGAUCCCAGGCAUUUGUAUCUACCCGAUCUGAUUAAGGGCGAUCUCGACUCUCUUCGGGACGAUGUACGCCGCUAUUACGCAUCGCAGGGCGUUCCCAUUGUUUUAGAUCAUGACCAAGAUUCUACGGAUCUCAUGAAAUGUGUAGAUGCUUUGAUAGACAAAGAAAAGGCUGAGGGUGCAUAUGAAUCAGACAUUAUACUGCUUGGUGGGCUGUCAGGACGGCUAGACCAGACAAUCCACACACUCUCACGCCUGCAUAAAUGGCGCAAAUGGCGCAGACGAAUAUUUGUACUUACGGAUGACAACAUCGCUUGGGUUCUUGACGAGGGCGAACACCGCAUUUCUAUCAAUCAUUCUAUCCUAGGUCCAACAUGCGGUCUUCUGCCGGUCGGGGUUGCGUCCACCGUACUCUCUACCUCGGGUUUGCGGUGGAAUCUAACUGAAUGCGAGUCAUCCUUUGAUGGGCAGGUGUCGACGUCCAAUCACCUCGACAUGAAAGAGAACACCGUCUGGAUUAAGACGACGAAGCCGAUCUGGUGGACUGUCGAGCUCCGCCCCUUAGGACUGCAGUGA